AUGUAAUUUGAAAGCUCAUUUGUUGUAAGUUCUGUUCCUAUGGUUCAGGAUUUCUUUGGAGAUGUAAUCAAGAUCUUCUCUUCUAUUCCGAUUGAAUACUACAAGUACUCUUCAAUAAUUUUGGGAUGCUUUGCAGUUUACGAUGGUUUUGUUGUUAACAUUCUCCAGAAUAUUUCUUCACUUAGAUCAGCAGCACUUCACCCUACACUUGAUAUGAAUGCUAUUCAGAAAUAUUAAGAUAUUAAACGCAACGAUUAAAUCAUCAAAAAGGUCAUUCCUAACACGAGCUAAUCUAUUAAUGAUUUGAAGAAAAAACUAAGCAAUAAAAAUGCAAUGAAUGACCUUAUAUAAAUUUUCUUUUUCGUAUACCAGAUUAAUGCAAUUCUAACCGAUUUUAUUCCCAUUCUUUCAACAGCUGCAGCUCCACUAGCAUUGUUUAUUUUAUUUUAAGACCAUAAAACACUAGCGAAAUCAACUUACUACUCACAAUUUUUUGAUCUUUCUAACACCGGUGCAAUUAUUAUCGCUUCUCUUAUUGGUUUACAGGCAAUAUUUUAUCCAUUGGCUAUUCAGCUACUUAUUUUGCUUCAAUAUGACGCUUACUUUGAUUUUUUUACUCUUUUAGAUAUAGUUUUCUAGCCAAUUAUGAUUUAAGUGUUCUUAUAGUUAUUGCCUAUAUCUGGAGCCAGAGUUUAUCUUAAAAUGGCAAAAACUACUAGCGGCAUUUUCUGA